GCAUCAUCUCGAUUCUUUUAAUUCUUUUACGAUCUCAACGAUGGCGGAGCCGGUCGCAAAGAAACGAAGAAUCAGUCCGUCUCACCAGACGAAUGGUGCUGUCCCGGGCUUUGCGAAAUGGGACCUCGAGCAGGACUACGAACAGCGGCUGCGAUCACGGAAAAAGGACACCAAACGUGAGAAGUUGAUGGUCAAGACUUCAGAGGGAAAAAUCACUGUCAACCCGCGCAUGGAAGAAGAGGAUGUAGACACACAAGCGAUAGGCGACGAUGAUAGUCUCUUAGCCAGCGGCGACGAUGAAGGCGACAGUGCAGUCGCCGAUCUCGAACCUAAACGACCCAUUGCGCGCAAACCAGUCCUACCACGAAAGGAACAAAUUCGACAAGCAAAAGAAGACUUGGCUCGGAUAGCAGGACUGCUCAAUGAGAGUCCGGAGGAAAACAUUGGGUUGUUGAGUACGCUAGCAGAGAUAUCAAACUCUGAAGAGGUUGCCGUGCGGAAGAUUGCGUUGGCAGCACAGUCAGCCAUCUACAUCAGUAUCAUUCCCGGGUACAGGAUACGACCUCUCUCCAAGGAUGAUCUCAACGCCAAGGUAUCAAAGGAUGUCCGGAAACUACGCAGUUUUGAACAGGGAUUGCUCGCAGGUUACAAGGACUAUGUCAACACGCUGUCAAAGCUAGCUGCAAAUCGGGGAAGGUCAGGAAAAGAUCAGGCUACGGAUGCAAGCCUUGCGGGUGUGGCUAUAUCAUGCAUAUGUACACUGCUCACAAGUGUCCCCCAUUUCAACUGUCGAAACGAUCUAGUGGAGAGCAUUGUUUUGAAGUUGUCAAGCCGUAGACUAGACCCUGACUUUAUCAAAGCACGCGAUGCAUUGGAGAAGCUUUUUCAGGAGGAUGAGGAUGGCCAUUCAUCUCUCGAAGCCGUCAGCCAACUCACGAAGACGAUGAAGACAAAGAAUUGGGCUGUCCACGAGAGUGUGGUGAACACUUUCUUGCACCUACGACUGCUUACUGAGUUCAACCACAAGGCCUCCACCAGGUCCAUCGACAAAGACGAUGACGACGAUCGGCCUGUCGACAAGAAAGGAAAGCAGAAGCGCGAAUUCAGGACGAAGCGAGAGAGAAAGAAUCUCCGUGAGCGGAAGCAGGUCGCAACGGAGAUGAAAGAGGCCGACGCAAUAGUCUCGUAUGAAGACCGAGACAAGAAUCAGGCCGAGACCCUCAAGCUUGUCUUCAUCGCCUACUUCCGCAUCCUCAAAGACCGCGUUCAGCAUCUUAUGGGGGCGGUCCUGGAGGGUCUAGCUCGCUACAGCCAUCUGAUCAACCAGGACUUUUUUGGCGAUAUCCUGGAAGCGCUCAAAGACUUGAUCAACGAGGCAGAGUCAUUACAAGAGAGUUUCAACGAAGAGGAUUUCGAGGAUGAUGAGAAAGAUACCGUGCAGCGCAACGCCACGCGAGAGUCUCUUCUUUGCAUCAUCACCGCCUUUGCAUUACUGAACGGGCAGCAAGAUGUAAUCAAAUCUGCCAAUUCCUUGUCCCUCGACCUCUCAUUCUUCAUCUCGCAUCUCUAUCGCACAUUGAUCCCUCUGGCGGUCGACACUGAGCUUGAACUCAGUGCCAGGGUAGCACAUUUGGCAGAUCCGAACGGUCUGGUCGUGCCAACCGCUCGGGACACAAAGGUCAAUGUUUCCACCACCGCUGUCCUGCUCCUGCGCUCUUUGCAAUCAGUGCUGCAGCCAGCUUCCGGCACCAAGUUCGUCCCGCCGGUACGUCUGGCGGCCUUCCUCAAACAGCUACACACAUUGGCCUUGCAUGUGCCGCAGAAGAGCGCAACUGCGAUCUUGGAGCUCAUCAAGCAAGUCACCAAGUCGCAAGGCGCCAAAGUCGCGGCACUCUGGCAUACUGAAGAACGCAAAGGUGAUGGAGUCUUUGAUGCAAGGAGCCAAGAGAUUGAAAGCAGCAAUCCAUUUGCAAGCACUAUAUGGGAGACGGAGCUCUUGCGGCUACACUUUGACCCAAAUAUCAGAGAGAGCUUGGCGGAGACUGUCAAGAAUGUGCGAACUAGCAGUAAUUGAUGAAGUAAAUUAGAUGUUAAGACUUCGCAUUUGUCGUCUGUACAUAAAGGUCGACCUCAAUGUACCGAUUGUCGCGCAUAUGAAAUUGCUUCAUCCCAGGGAUCAAAGGCGCCUUGUAAAAAUAUGUGAGACUAGGUAUCUAUGAAUAAUCUUCCUCUACCACUUAACCCUUCGCAUUCCAUCUGUCGUUAUACGCAUUCACGGCGAUUGCGACCUGUUUGUACAGCCAAUUGCGGCUGGUCUCGUCCGCAAUUGGAAUGAAAGGUCCAUUGGUCCCGCCUUUC